AUGCCUUGGCUUAAACCAGUCGAGGAGCCGAGGGUGAGUGUUGAUAUCAACAUACGCCAGGAAUCUGUGGACUCCCAUUCGGACUUCCAUUCGGACUCCCUGUCGGACUCCCAUUCGGACUCCCUGUCGGACUCCCUGUCGGACUCCCUGUCGGACUCCCAUUCGGACUCUCAUUCGGUCUCCCUGUCGGACUCCCUGUCGGAAUCCCUGUCGGACUCCCUGUCGGACUCCCAUACGGACUCCCUGUCGGACUCCCUGUCGGACUCCCAUACGGACUCCCUGUCGGACUCCCUGUCGGACUCCCAUACGGACUCCCUGUCGGACUCCCAUUCGGACUCCCUGUCGGACUCCCUGUCGGACUCCCUGUCGGACUCCCUGUCGGACUCUCAUUCGGACUCCCUGUCGGACUCCCUGUCGGACUCCCUGUCGGACUCCCUGUCGGACUCUCAUUCGGACUCCCAUACGGACUCCCUGUCGGACUCCCAUUCGGACUCCCUGUCGGACUCCCUGUCGGACUCCCUGUCGGACUCUCAUUCGGACUCCCUGUCGGACUCCCUGUCGGACUCCCUGUCGGUUGGUAUCAUGAUCUCAACAACAUACCCUGAUUUGACGUCAUGA